UAUUUCCUUCCAGCAAGGUUGCACCGAUUUACAGUUCCACUAGCAAGAUGUGAGGGCUCCUUGCAUCGCAGUCCAACCCCAGCCCAUUUCUUAGUAUAGGUUUGUUUUUAGGAUGAUCGGGCUCAAAGCAGGAAUAAGGGAUCUGCCGUUUUGGACACGGCCAAGGCACGCAGCUCGCGGGGCCUGGAACUCGCCCUGGGCUGGCCGGUCCCUUCCAGGGGCGCAGGCUCCCGAAGAGACCCAGCCUAGCCGGGCAGCCCAGCACGCUCCCGGGUCCCGCCGCCCCCGCCCCGCCCCGCCCCGCCCCGCCCCGCCCGGUUGCUGUGGGAACCACCGAGCGCGACUGCGCCCGCAGACCAGCCUGUGUCUAAGGGGGGCAAGGGAUAGUGAGGCCCAGGCAUGGAGCUGCCGGAUCCGGUACGCCAGCGGCUGGGAAACUUCAGCCGGGCCGUGUUCAGUGAUUCCAAUCGGACCGGGCCGGAGUACAAUGAGGGUCCCGAAAAUGAAAUGGUCUCCAGUUUGGCAUUGCAGAUGUCACUUUAUUUUAAUACCUACUAUUUCCCACUGUGGUGGGUGAGCAGCAUUAUGAUGCUUCACGUGAAGUACUCAAUCUUGCCUGAUUACUACAAAUUCAUUGUGAUCACUGUUAUCAUCCUAAUAACCUUAAUUGAAGCCAUCCGCUUAUAUCUGGGCUACAUGGGUAACCUACAGGAGAAGGUUCCUGAGUUGGCUGGCUUUUGGCUUUUGAGCCUUCUAUUGCAGUUGCCUUUAAUUCUUUUCUUGCUCUUUAAUGAAGGCCUAACAAAUCUGCCCUUGGAAAAAGCAAUACAUAUCAUCUUCACUCUCUUCCUUGCUUUCCAAGUUGUUGUAGCAUUUCUUACCUUGAGAAAAAUGGUCAAUCAGUUGGCAGUUCGUUUUCACCUCCAAGACUUUGACCGGCUCUCUGCAAACAGAGGAGACAUGAGAAGGAUGAGGUCAUGUAUAGAAGAGAUCUGACCCAGUGUUGUUGAGUGAAAAUCUGACAGAUCAUUCUAGAAGACUGUAAGAGCUAGGAAAAUAUCAGCGAUCUAACAAUGAGAAAAGGGAAAAAGCAAGUGUUUUGAAUUAUAUACGCUCUCACUCAGAAAUUCCAAGGUUGAGGACAAUGAUGAAACUUUGUACAGUAUAUGAAACAGUGUAUUAACCCUAAAACCUAGAUGUUGUCCACCUGAUGCCAAAUUUCUUAAUUUUUUGGAUGUUGUCUUUUUUAGGAGUAUAGAAAUCUACGUAUUGGUGGUUGUCAUUUGCCUGUCUUCCUGUAAUAUUUCUGGUUAAAAUCUGUAACUAGAGAUGUGUACAUUUCUUUAAAACUUGUUGGUUGGCUGGGCGCCGUGGCUCACACAUGUAAUCUCAACACUUUGAGAGGCCAAGACAGGCAGAUCACGAGGUCAGGAGUUCAAGACCACCCUGGUUAACACAGUGAAACCUUAUCUCUACUAAAAAUACAAAA